AAAGUAAAUUGGUGGCGGCUACAUUCGCAUGAAAUAAAACAAUUGAUUUCAGCAAUGUUGACAACACAGGCGCUGGUACUGUUUGUAGUGGUUUCAGGAGUCGUGAGCAGCCAGGAUGCGACAACGCGGCGAAUGAACGACCACGUGGACAAGAUGAAGGCUACCAUUGAUAACGUCUAUAGAAUGAUCUCCGAGGUGUACGAAGUAAGGGACAAGUGUUUCAAUGGCAGCGCGGGCGGAUACAAAAACAAAAGCAAGGAUACAAGUCCUGUAGACAUUUAUGCCAUGCGUAAAGACGAGAAAGGCGGAAAUUACGUCAACGUGGAGGUGCCAUCCACGUACUACGAUUGUCUGAAGGGGCUCGAUCCGAAAGUGGUGCCACCGGAAAAGGCGCGCAUCUGGUGCAUUCGCGUCGUGCUGUGGCAGUACCACAAUGACCUCGAAAAGGGCGACUAUGACGACGACUUGAAGGAAGCCUAUCUCCUGCAGUAUGGUGACGACAAGCCGAAAAGAAACAAGCGGGGAACCACGACCAUUCGCCAGAUAGCGCCCCGGCCAAUCACUAGCCCGCUGACCGGAUAUCGGACUCGACAGGAGUACCGAACGCUGUCGGUCGACCAGAGGAACCGGUUCCAUGCCGCUAUGAAUACGCUUUAUCGGGAUGGUACAGUCACAUGUUUUGCUCUGGUACACAGAAACGCGCUUCGAACCGGUGGGGCCCACGGUGGUGACGCCUUUCUGCCCUGGCAUCGAGCAUUCUUAGCGCUGUUUGAAGAAGCGCUGAGAAGAGUUGAUCCAUCUGUUUCAAUUCCUUACUGGGACAGUACCUUUGACGACAAUAUGGCGGCUGGACCCGGAUUUUCCGUAAUGUGGGAUAACACGCACAUGGGCUCUCCGGUUGGCGUUGUUGACGAGGGACCUUUCGCGGGCUGGCAAGCUCGGGAGAACCCUCUAGAGCGGAACGUGGCCCGAGGAACGGGAUCGCUGGUCCGUCAGGCCCGAGUAGAUGAGUUGUUACAACUGUGUCUGCUAGAUGAGUUCACGUUGCCCUGGGAAAACACCCACAAUUCUGUGCAUGUCUGGGUUGGAGGUACCAUGGAGGACAGUAUGGCCGCGGCCGACCCAGUAUUCUACAUGCACCAUGCCUUCGUUGAUUACGUAUGGGAGAAGUUUCGGCAGCGACAACGCGCCGUCUGUGGAGUGGAUCCGGCGUCCGACUACCCGCCAGUAGAUCCGGCCCUCCCAGAGCAUGGUCCGGAUAGGAAUAUGACUGGAAUGACGUUCUUAACAAACAGAGAAGGGAUUGCUGAUUACUGGAUUGCCAACUGGUUCAACUAUACGGACACACCCACGUGUCCUAGCUGCGGAAACAGUCCCGAUCUUUAUUGCGACACCGAUAUAAAUCGUUGCGUGUCAGCUUCGAAUUUUAGUUUUGGCGAGGCAACGAUAGGGCCAACGGCACAAGGCCUUGGUUUGGCCCCUCCUCCUGGCACUGCGCCGCAACGCGCUACUGCGCGGCCAGUUUCACCCGCUUCCACCACCCCUAAAGCAGCUACGUACGCGGACUCUGUCAAAACAGGCGGUAAACCAUACGAAGGAUCCUGCUCCAAGGAUCCAUAUGCUCGAUCAUGCGUUAAGCGUCCUCAGCCGUCCACACCAGCAGAGUUAGUUAAUGCCAUGUCUCUGAACAAGGUACCGAAACCCAAACCCUUAGAUGACGUGUAUGAGAGAAUCAAGGCGUUACUGAAGAAAGGCGAAAGGUAUCCACCUGGAAGUGAGGCGAAGUUUUUCAAGAUGAAACCGGAUGAGGAGAACGACUGCCGCUGCCUCGACAAGUAUAUCCGCGAUCCCUUGGUCGCCUACGUAGAGAAAGGACGGAAGCUCAGCAAGAGCGGUCCUAAACUGUACGACACGUACACGUAACCAACUCGACUAUUAGUGUCUUGUUCUGUGAAUAUUGGGCAAAAUGCAUGUGCGUAAAGUGUCGUCCCAAAUUAGCCUGUGCAGUCCGCACAGGCUAAUUAGGGUCGACACUUUCCGCUCUAAUGGUAUUUUUCGUUUAAAGGUAUUCUCUUUUUAAAGAAAAUCUAGUUUAAGCGGAUAGUAUCGCCCCUGAUUAGCCUGUGCGGACUGCACAGGCUAAUCUGGGACGACACUUCACGCACAUGCAUUAUGCCCAGUUUUAUCAGAACAAGACACAUAAAAGUUACAUGCGCUGUAUAUGCAUAAUAUAUAUAUAUACAUAAACUAAAGAAAAAUACAGGUUUCUUUACAUA